AUGGCGCGACGUUUUCGCGCCGGUGCGUUGGCGGCUAUCAUUUUCAUCCUAAUCACGACUUUCUAUCUCUCAGUCAGCGGCAGCUCUGGCGCUAGCCUUAAGGAUCUUGCAGAUCCAAGUGUUCCUGGCCAAGCCAAAGCUCCUGCAUCACCGGUCUCCGAUCGAACCGAUGGGCCUGUCCAGUUCGCGUUGCCGGCCAGUGUACUUGAUGGGGCUGCUAUCGCGCCAAAGCUAGAGAACGCAACAAUCAAGCAAGAGCUCGGCCGCGCAUCCUGGCGCCUGAUGCACACAAUGAUGGCGCGAUUUCCCGAAGAGCCGACUUUUGACGAAAGCUUAGCCUUAAAGACGUAUGUGCAGUUGUUUGCUCGGCUGUACCCUUGCGGCGACUGCGCUGCGCACUUCCAGACCCUGUUGCAGAAGUACCCUCCACAAACAUCCAGCCGAACAGCCGCUGCCGGCUGGGCCUGCUUCGUGCACAACGAGGUGAACAAGCGCCUUAGAAAAAAUAUAUUUGACUGUGCCACGAUAGGCGACUUUUACGACUGCGGUUGCGGCGACGACAAAGGUGGUGUUCACGGCGCGUCGGGAAAAAUAGGUAGUGCGGUCGACAACAAAGGCAAGCCGCACCGAUAA